GUUGAUACAGCCAGCUAUGGAUAAUAUCACUUCGAUUCUAAAAGAUGCUCAGGAUCCGGAUAACAACAUAAGGCUAGCAGCAGAAGGCAAACUCAUGCAGCUCCAAGAGCGUAAUCGUCCCAACUUCCUCCUGUCCUUAUCAGCAGAGCUCUCGAGUGAGGCAAGUCCACCUGAGUGCAGAUACCUUGCUGGCAUUAUCCUGAGGAACUCUGUGGAAGGAAAGUAUUCUGAAGAUAACAGCCUCCUCAUCGAACAAUGGAACAAUCUGGGUCCAUGUAUCAAAUCCCAGAUUAAGGAGUCAUUGCUGAUAACUCUAGGAUCUUCGGCUCCUCAGGCGAGGCAUGCCUCAUCACAGGUUAUUGGCAGGCUUGCAUAUAUUGAGACACCCUCCGAGAGAUGGCAAGAUCUCAUUGGCAGAUUACUGCACAACAUGGCACAGCAGGGUGCAUCUCCUACACUAAAGCAAGCAACUCUAGAGGCGCUGGAGUAUGUGUUUGAGGAGGAGAACUUGAGGUUCGACAAGGACACAAUUAAUGGUGUUCUGGAUGCCGUCAUCCGGGCAAUGAACCACCAGGCAGGGAAAAGUUCUCAAGUCCGGCUUGCAGCGGUCAAAGCUCUACGGAAUGUUCUUACGUUUGCUAACUUCGCAAAUGAUGAUGAUUGCAGAAAUCGUAUAAUGGCUGCAAUCUGUGAUGCAGCUAAACACGAUGAAGCAGCGGAGAUCAAGCAUGCAGCAUUCGUCUGCCUUACUGCAAUCGCAUCCAAUUAUAUUAUGGAGUUAGAACCUUACAUGGAAACCACACUCAGCCGUACAACUGAAGCUUUGGGCUUGGAAGGAGGUGCGGAAACAGUUGCACUUGAAUGUAUCGAGUUCUGGAGUACUAUUUGUGGAAAAGUGAUUGAACUCAGAGAACGAAAAAAGCGUUUUGCUCAUGCUUUCGCGAGCGCGGAUUGUCACUUUACUGAGAAGCCCCUCUGUUCGCUUGUUCCACUUCUGCUACAAACUCUGUCGUUACACCAAGAAAGAGAUGUUGAUGAACUGAACAUCUUCAUGAGUGCUGUGGCAUGCCUAGGCCUCGUCGCUAGAACUAUCGGGGAUGCAGUUGUCCCACUUGCAAUGCAGUUUGUCGAGGGUAACAUCAAAAUGGCAGAUUGGCAUAGUCGCAAGACAGCUAUUUCUGUACUAGGCGUUAUGCUUGAAGGGCCCUCUAUUGAGAAACUCGCUCCCGUGGUCGGUUUGUUGAUGGACGGGAUGGAAGACCCACACAUGGAGGUAAGAGGCACCGCUGCAUGCACUCUGGGGCGGGUGUUUGAGCUUCGGCAUUCUCCAGCUCUUGAUAAAAGAUUUUUCACAAAUGAAGACUUUCCUCGCAUCAUGGCUGCGUUGUCGAAGGGUGGUAAAGAUGUUCCAGAAGUGUCCAAGGAAGUCUGUGGAGCUAUAUAUUUUCUUGCCCGAGGUUAUAAUGUGGCAAUCUCAUCUGAGGUGGACCAUUCAAAAAAGCAAAUCUCAUCUGAGCUUUCACCUUUUCUUGGUGGUGUUAUUGGUGCUCUCCUUUCUGCUUCAGAACUUGAUAAGAAGACCCCUUUCGGGCUUCCAGCAUCUGUGUCUGCUUAUGGCGCAUUGAUUGAGGUUGUGAGAGUAAGCAACAUAAGGGAUUUGAAUGCUGUACUAGCUAUUAUGGUUUUAAUGCCUCGUAUCAUGAGAAGAUUAAACACCGCGCUUGAUGCCAAAGCAAUUUCAUCACAUGACAAGACUAACAAGCAUGAUCUUCAGGCGUUGCUGUGUGACGUACUGCACGCCAUAAUCGAAAAACUGGGCAAUUCACUUCACUCGGACAAGGUUAGGGAGUCUGCUCCGUUUAUGCUGCUUCAGUUUUGCCGUGUCCUGACCUGCGACUGCUCUACUGCACGUGAUAAAGCAGCGCUCACCAUUGGUGCUCUCGCUCGUGCUGUCGGUCCAAAGUUUCUGGAUUUCAUGCCAAUAUUUGUGCAGUAUUACAGUGUGAAGCUAUUCUCCCCAAUCUAUUUAGAGGCGAUUGGCACUAUCUUUCAUGCCUUGGGAGAUGAAAUCCUGCCAUGUUGUGAUCAUAUGAUGGAUGUUCUUUACGAAGGUCUCUCACAACCCGAGCUUAAACCUCAUAUUUUGGCAUGCUUUGGAGAGAUUGCUCUUGCUAUCGGCAAGAUUUUUGAGGAGAGGUACCUGAAGGCUGUUAGGAAAGAGCUGAAAGAAGCUGCUAACCCAAGAUAUUAUGAUGAGGAUAAGGUUGAUUACGGUAACCAGCUUAGACAGGGAAUAUGCAAGGCUUACUCUGGCAUAUUGAGGGGUAUAAAAGACCGAAAAUCUGGGUUGAAGGUAGCAGCGGAUCUAGUUGAGUUCAUUGAAGCUGUCUCCGAGGACAAGAGCAGGGGUACAAUGGUGACAUACGCUGCAGUUGAUGUGUUGGAUCAGUUUGGUUUCACAGCGGAGUCAUGGAAAAAGGGACUGGUUUCGGAAUUAUGGAGGUAGUAACAUAUAUGAGGAGGAACUCGUUCUGCUUCUUUUUUGUCAAGUUGCCACAGAUGCAUGGAAGGACAGCAACAUGUGUGUGGCGUUGCUAGUAUGAUGAUGUAUUUUGGUGGCAAUUGGAUGAACAGCCAAACUGCAGCGUAAAUAUUUUUCCUGGUUUCAUGAAAGUUCUGCCUGAUUCUGUUUACUGUGUUUUUCUCCGCUAGUUUUUUUUUCAGUCUUUUAUUUUCAUGUUCUUUUCUUCUUUUACCUAUUUCA